AUGUUUCGGCUCAUCCUCGACGCGCUCGGGCUCUACGCCGCGUGGCACCCGUCCAACGGCGACAGCAGCAGCGACAUUGGCACGCGCACGUACGACGUCCCGGCGCCGCCGCCGCCCUUCCCGAGCGAAGUGCACGCCACCUUUCUUGAGACGUUUGACGGCAGCGACGUGCCCGACUCGAGAGGCGCGUGGUUCUACCAGUACCACGCGGCGAGCGGCGACACGAACUGGCGCGUCGAGCAUGAUGCGCCGCAGGCCGACCCGUUCUGCCGCUGUGCGCAGCCAAACACAACGGACGCGUGUACGCUCUACUACACGCAAGAGAGCUUGUUCGUGCACUUUCCGAGUCAAGUCGGCGCGUGCUGCCGCCUCUGUGACGCGAAGACGCCAGGCUGCGGCAUGCUUUCGCCGACGUGGCUCUCGGCGUCGGCGACACUGACCGGCGUCGACGAGCUCGACGGCCGUCUCUGCUACCAGUUUUGCACUCCUCCGUACGUCCCCGAUGCUUUGCAUGUAUUUCAACGCAGCAAUGACAGGACGGGGACCGUGACCGAGUGCAUGAGCUACGACGACUACGGUCUUCCGUGCCGCUUCACCGAAACGACGUCUGGUAAUGUGCACAACUUGACGUUCACGUCGUGGACCGUCACGAAGCAGCCGCCAUCGACGUUUGCGCUGCCGUCGCUCUCCUGCGCGACGAGCUGCGCGUCCCUCUUCCCCACAUGCGAUGUCUAACUCGAUGCUAUCAUACUACUACUGUAGUACACCAAUGCAACUUCUCUAUCUUGAAC